GCGCAGCGCCCGCGGGCAGCGGCGUUGUUGCCAUGGCGCCCGGCCGCGGAGCACGGCGGGGAAGCUUCGCUGAGCAUGGGGGGCCCCGGCCUGGGCUGACCCGGAGGGAGACCCCGGCCAGCAGCUCACAGGACAAGAAAGAAGAGACACAUGAAUCACCCCCCUCAACAACUGCAGAAGAGCCGGAGCCUGUUCCAUGUGGUCUGCAAGAAGAUGACAUCCAGGCGCUUGCCAUUAAGGUGGAGGACCUGGAGAAGCUUCAUGCUCCGCGUCCUCCCCAAGGUGCUGGGAAAGCUUCAGUCAGGAAGAAAUACUUUGUUCGGAAGCACCAGCCCAAAGAGACAAAGGAGACGCAGCUCCUUGUGGCCUGUCCUGCCUUCCCAGAGGUGCCCACAGGACCACUGACAUUUGCUGGAGCAGGACAGUUUGGUGAUGGCUGUGAAAAGAUUCUCCCUCAUCACAUUUUGGGGACCCUCCAGGAGUUCAAGACGGAAGCUUUGGCCAGAGGAAACACUCGGUUAGCAGAUCUUAUUGAGGUUUCUCAUCCAGAUGUUACUGCAGCAGCUUUAAAAGAGAAACAUGGAGGAGAGAAGAAGAAAAAGGUUCAUCAGACCUCACUAGAAGAGCACAAAGCUCUCCAAAACUGGUAUCAUAAUAUGGCAAUCAGGAAGAAGCAGGAGAAAUAUAUAGGAGAAGUCCUUCAGAGGCCAGAGAAUGAAUUGUUGAUGAGUGUCUCAGAGGGUUACAGGCAAAUCCAGGAAGAACGUGACCUCAUUGACAGGACUCUCCCUGCCCUGCUUCCUGGAAAGGGCUACCGAAAAGGAAGCGAAUUCUGGAGCCAGCCCGAGCGUAUUGGAAGUGAACUCACGGGCCUGACAAUGACCUUGACUCAGAGCGAACGUGGCUACCCAGAGCCAGUCACUCACGUGGGGAAACCCCACACUGUCCGGAUGGAGACAGGCCUGAAGCCUCCAAAGAGGAUUCCCUUCCAUCUAACCUGGGAUGAGAGUCUUUUCCUGAAACAACGGCGGCAGGAGCUAAAAUCUAUCCUAGAGGAGCUAGAUUUCUAUAAGCCGGAUCUGGAUGGGCUGGAGGUGAUCGGUAAAGGGCAGCCUUUCACAUCUGUCUCAACAGAGCCUAUUCCAUGUCUCAUCAUUUCUCAAGAGUCUGAGACAUAUGAGAGCCUAAGCAGUGACUCCUUAAGUGACCACUCCUUUGCAGCUCCAGAAGGCAUACUGGGUCCCUCUCUAGUUUUCUGUGGCCAGCCUGCUCGUUGGAUCAACUGCAGCACUUACAGGGAUCUAACUGGCAUUGCUGCCCGGCUCACCUUUGAGACUUUGGCUGGUGAAAAAGCUGAAAGUCCCCUGACAGUGAGCAAUAAUGGCACAGCUGCCAUCUGGUAUAACUGGAUGAGGCUUCCCCACAAGAUUCCCUCCAGAGAACGCAAGGGGAAGAGGAUGCAGUGUUUUUACUUUGAUACCAGACCAGGUGUAAUUUUGCCUGGAGAGACGAGGCAGUUCUCCUUUAUUUUCAAGUCAGAGAGAGUAGGCAUUUUCAGCGAGGCCUGGGAAUUCAGGACACAUCCCCUGUUAUUAGCAGGAGCAGUGCUGCAGGUGACCCUUUGGGGAAUUGCUGUGUCUGAGGAUAAACUGGCUGACCUCAGAGAGAAACUGGAGAGUGACCUGGCUGCUCGAGAAGGUGCUGCUAUAGUAGAAGAGAACAUAAAGGAACUUCUUGACCGAAUUCGGACCCCGGAGCGCACCCCAUCUCCUGUGGAUGCCUAUGUCACCGAGGAAGAGUUGUUCCACCGGAAGAAUCCCGAGUUGCAUUAUCAGUACGAAGUGGUAAAACAGCUGCAUGAACUGUGGAGACAGCACAUGACUGAGGAGAAAGUGCCCUUGGGCCAGACCAGUGUGGAGGACAGGCAGUACCAGGAGACUGGUGCAGAGGGUCCCUCUGCUCAGAGCAGCAUCAUAGAGAUCCUGGGUUGGAGGAAUUCAUGCGAGCAAACUCCGAGUCAAAUGUUGGAUGUGGAGGAGAAAGAACCAGCCCCUUCAGGAUGGAACCUUUCCUUAGAGGACUUCAAGCAGGCUAUAAUGUCAAUCCCCAUGGAAGAGCAGCGGGAAGCAGCGCUGGCCCAACUCAAUAAGGCAGCACUGGACCUGUGUGUUCAACAGAGGCCAACUCAGUCAGACCUUUUGCAUCAAACCUGUCUCCAGCUGUGGCGUGAAACAAUUGAUGCUCUGGUGGGUGCCUCUAUGAAGCUGAGAUCCCUGCUUGGCUUGCCUGAGAAGGACACCUAUAUAAAAGCUUCAGAGGAGCCAGUGGAAAUAAAGGUACCUGUGAAAGGAGACAGAAUAACCAGCAAGAGAGAGGACAGGAGGUUAUUUGGUGGGAAGGACAGAGAAGGCAAAAGAAGAACAAAGACAGGGAAAGAGGAACGUCCAAGCAGCAGAAAGUUAAGAGGAAAAGAUGAUAAAAAGGUUAAAUCUUCCGUUUCAUUGCUGGACAUGAAAGGGGGAGCGCAGACCAUGGAGGGAGCUGAACCUCCGUGGGAGCAGAUGGACCCUGUUUUGCUUGGGAUAUACCAGGAAAAACUUUAUAUUGAAGUUUAUGGGCUGCUGGAUUCAAUGGUGAGCAAAAUGGUUUCUUUCUUUGAGGAGCUAAAGAAACAAGAUGCUCUCAAGUGGGAGGGUGAAGCCCUUAAUAAUUAGAGACUUUUAAACCAAUAAAUAACCACAUUUACACAGA